UUGUACCUUGUCAAAAUGGAGGCAGUUGUAUAUAUGACAGUGAAACGAACAAUCGUUCCUGUACUUGCAAGGAGGAUUACACUGGAGAUUCCUGCGAGGUUGGACCAAGAGGUCUCGAGAAUUCCGCAAUCCUUGUGAAUACAGACAACCAUAAUUAUACAGCGGCUCUUGCUGGAUUCCUCGAUCCGGCGUUGAAACCAUUCGGGCCUGGAACAUGGGUAAGAUGCUUUCGUGCUGUACCAGGGCACUGGGAUACCCGGAUGUACUUUCAUCCUCAGUGUGAUGGCAAGAAACUAACUGUGACCAUCAUCCGCGUUCGUUUGUCCAUUUUUGGUGGAUUCACUGACAGGCCAUGGCAUUCAGGCACAGCGUAUUCAGAAUCAAUCAAAUCGUUUCUCUUCUCUCUACACAACACCAUCAAUGGCUUCCAACCACUGCAAUUCAACCUGACUGGAAUCAAAAACCAUGAAGCUAUCUAUGGCAAUUUAGGUUUUGGUCCUACUUUUGGCUCAGGUCAUGAUUUAUACAUCGCUAAUCUUGCUUCGAGUAGUUUAGGCUCACAUACAAGGUCCUAUGCCUAUCAAGUUCCUCCUGGUUGUACUUUUGGUGGAGCGUGCACCUUUUUUGCUGGUACUUACAAUUCUAGAACAACAGAUUAUGAAGUAUUUUAUUACAAACAAGAAAACAUUAAAGGACUUGAAACAUCAACAAUUCUCAAUGGCAGACAAAACUACAUAACCACCUUGAACAGCUACCUAGCUACUGCAGUACCGAACUCAAAGACGAGUGAUUGGAUAAGAUGCUGGCAUGCUGCAGAGGAUGGAUGGGAUACUCGGUACUCCUUCCAUCCACAGUGUGAUGGCAAAAGAACCACUGUGACAAUUAUACGCGUAGGACAGCACGUGUUUGGUGGAUUUGCUGAUAAAUCUUGGCAAUCCAAACUUGAUGUAUAUAAAGAAUCAAGCAAAUCCUUCAUGUUUUCCUUGUACAACAACAAUGGCUACCAACCAAUACAAUUAAAACUAACUGGUUUGAACAACGUGCACGCUUUGCGUCAAGUGCCCUCCUGGGGACCAACAUUUGGAAGCGGAUAUGACAUACACAUCUCUAAUCUUGCAUCAACAAAUGUAUUAUCUUACACAAAACCCAAUACUUAUGAAUCACCUCCCGGUUGCAGCACUGGAUUGUCAUGUACUUUCCUGGCAGGCUCCUACACCUUCAAACCAUCUGAUAUUGAAGUGUUCUACCACGAUGGAGAUAUUCGUGGUCUAGAAAACUCCUCCAUCCUAAAGAAUUAUGGGAACACAAGCUAUGUAACCACUCUAACCAGCUACCUUAACACUGUACAGGAAUUCCAGGCGCAGAAUUGGAGACGAUGCUGGAGSGCCRCUGAAGAYGGCUGGGACACACGAAUGACAUUUCAUCCYCAAUGUGAUGGGAAAAAACCAACGGUGACGAUUGUCCGYGUCGCUUCGCAUGUGUUUGGUGGAUUCACAGACCAACCUUGGCAUUCUGCUGGUGCUUACACCAAGUCAAACAAGUCUUUUGUAUUUUCCUUGUACAACACCAAUGGCUUCAAACCUGUCCAGUUAAACCUGACUGGCCAGUAUAACCAGUUWRGUAUAUAUAGUGCCAGCGCACAAGGUCCAACAUUUGGAGGUGGAAAUGAUUUUUUUAUUGGUAAUUUAGCCUCAAGUAAUACACAUUCCUACACAAAGCCUUAUUCAUAUGAUGUCCCUAGCGGUUGUACAUACAACGUGGCUGACUGUAAAUUCUUUGCUGGGUCUUNCAGAAAGCAACGAAAGAUCAUUUGUAAAACAAAGCAAAUGGAUCUUUACGGUUGUUCUUUUUCUUCCAAAGCUGGUCUCGACCAGUCAGCAAUUCUCCAAGGAUAUGGCAAUACAACGUUACUUACAAGUGGUUUAGUAAAAUUCGUGGAACCAGUGGUCGAAUUGUCGGGGUCGAACAAGUGGCUGAGAUGCUGGCAUGCUCGCACAGAUGGCUGGGAUACAAGGCUGACCUUCCAUCCUCAGUGCGAUGGUUUGAAAAACACCCUCACAAUAAUCCGUGUUGGUUUGUACGUCUUUGGUGGAUUUGCAGACAAAGCCUGGAAUUCUGCUGGUAUCUACAUUACAUCUAAUAAAGCCUUCCUCUUCUCCUUGUACAACACGAAUGGACAUAAGCCAGUUAAAUUCAAGCUUACCGGAUCACGAAACCAGUACGCUGUACUCGGAAAUGUUAACAAUGGACCUAUAUUUGGCGAUGGUCACGAUCUAUGCAUCAGAAAUCUUGCAUCGAGCAAUGAAAGUUCAUACACGACGCCUCGUGUAUACGAAGUUCCUCAAGGAUGCAGUGCGUCGUCUGCUUGUACAUUAUUCGCUGGGAGCCACGUGUUUACCCCUGAUGACAUCGAAGUGUUUUACUAUAACAGUCAAACCAAAGGACUAGAGAACUCUACGAUUUUGUCUGGCAACUUUAAAUACAUCAGUAAGCUGAACAGCUACUUAGGGACUGCAGUGCCGAACUCUAAGACGAGUGAUUGGAUAAGAUGCUGGCACGCUCUAGAGGAUGGCUGGGAUACGAAUGUAUCUGAAGGACUAGAGAACUCUACGAUUUUGUCUGGCAACUUUAAAUACAUCAGUAAGCUGAACAGCUACUUAGGGACUGCAGUGCCGAACUCUAAGACGAGUGAUUGGAUAAGAUGCUGGCACGCUCUAGAGGAUGGCUGGGAUACGCGAWUGACAUUCCACCCUCAGUGUGAYGGAAAGAAAGCCASUGUGACGAUCAUYMGUGUUGGUUCGUACGUGUUUGGUGGAUUUACAGACAAGUCAUGGCAUUCUGCCUCUAUGUACGUCGAGACAACGAAAUCCUUUCUGUUUACCCUAUACAACACCAAUGGUUACCAACCCAACCAGUUAAACCUAACUGGUCUGAAAAACCAGUAUGCUAUGUAUGGUGCGGCUGGUUAUGGACCAACAUUUGGAGUUGGGAAUCAUGAUAUCUAUAUAUCAAAUCUUGCAUCAAGUAAUACUGGAUCGUACACAAGACCUUACUCAUAUCAAGCCCCUGAUGGCUGCAGCUCUGCAAGCUCUUGUACGGUCAUGGCCGGUACUUACAAUUUCAAGCCAACGGACAUAGAAGUGUUUUACCACGAUGCAGAAACCAGAGGACUUACAAAAUCGACUAUUCUCAAUGGAAGAGAGAACUACAUCAACGCCUUGAACAGCUACUUAGCUACUGCAAUACCGGCYGCUAACACGAGUAAGUGGACACGAUGCUGGCACGCCGCAGAGGAUGGAUGGGAUACGCGAUUGACAUUCCACCCUCAGUGUGAUGGAAAGAAAGCCACAGUGACGAUCAUCCGUGUUGGUUCGUACGUGUUUGGUGGAUUUACAGACAAGUCAUGGCAUUCUGGUUAUAUUUAUGUCACUUCAAGCAAGUCUUUUUUGUUCUCCUUGUACAACACCAACGGUUACCAACCAAUUAUGUUCAACCUGACUGGACAGUACAACCAUACAGCCAUAUUUGGUGAUGAUGCUUAUGGACCAACAUUUGGCUAUCCACAUGACAUUUACAUUGCCAAUCUUGCACGUAGUUCAACAAACUCGUACACACUACCCGGAUCUUAUCAACCACCAGUUGGGUGCAGCUAUAACAAUCAAUGUACUUUUAUGGCCGGGACAUACAAUUUCAAACCAGAUGAUAUUGAAGUAUUCUAUUAUGCUUCUUAACAAUGUUAAUAUAAAAUGACACAAAAAUCAUCGUAUUUUUUAGUAAUUUUCGGCUAAAAAUACGGGGAUUUUGGCUUCUAGUUUCAUAGAUUCAGUUUAUUUUCAUGCACAAUUAUUACAUUACUAGUAUAACAGCCUACUCAGAAAUUCUCACUGAUUUUUCUAUCAUCGCGGCCGCCGGUGUAGAUUUGUUUACUUUUUCGAAGUGAAUGUCCCUCAAUAUAGGAUUACAAUUUUCUUUCGUUUUCCAGCWGCCAAGGAGUUAUUGCAUAGAGCAAAAGUGAACUUGAUAGACGAGGAUUUAAUUGUGCYGCGAAGUGCUUGAAAGUUCGCCUGUUUUCAACAGUUUUUAUUGAGAUAGCAUAGCAUUUGAACGAGUUCACACUGAUUCAAAAUUUUCUUGUGUUUUUCAGUUUCUACAUCUUAAAAAUCAUCUUCUUCUAGGUUUUUGCUCUUUUUUACCAUUAAAGCUGAAAGAGGAGUCAUUGAAUCGAGCAAUGUAGACUUAAUGUUCAGGAAGAUUUCAUUCUUGCGAAGACACCAGUGUUACGAGGCGCUAUGCUGAAAUUUAAGAUGACAUUUAAAAUAUAGGAAAUUUAAUAUUUAGCUUAACUUUAAACAUUACAAGUGGAUUAGUUACGAGACGUUAUUCUGACAUUUUGUAGGACUUCUAGGUAAUAGCAAAGUAAACGUUACAAGUGGAUUAGGGAAGGCCAAGGCUAGGUAUGGGUGGUCGCGCUUGGAACGAAGAUCGGCCAGGAUCGGGAGUCGCCGUAGUUCACGCGCCCAACCAUGCCCAGCCUGGCAAAUAGUAUAAAUCACGAAUAAUGGUAAAAUAGAUGCUUUAAGAAAGUAUUUGUAGAUAUAAUUUAUAUUGGAGAGCUAUAUGUGGUACCAUCAGCCAGGGGCACACCCCUCACGGGAUGCCACAAAACCAGACAAAACCAACCAUUCCCAGAAAGUUCUAAUCCCAGGAAAAGGAAAGGAUUGGCUGCAAAUUGGUGUGGGGUAAAUUUUAAUACCCCAGGUAAAACCCAAACACUGUCUGAUUGUAGCACAUAUAAGCCGAACAGAUUUGUGAAAGAAGUUAGAAGAAGUUAGAACUGAGAUCACAAUAAAAGAACCAAAGAGCAAAGAA